CUAGAUUUGUGUAUUUGAUGUUGAAUUUGGCGCGCAGAGUACGGAUUGACAGUUUUUGCAUCUGUACUGUCUGUUUUUCUGUUGUAUAAUUCUAUUUCAGUUUCACUUCCUCUAUGUAUUUUAAACAUGUACGUUUAUAUAAACGGCAAUCACAUGUAAAGAACGUAAAAAGAAGAGUAACCUUGAAUCAAUUUGAUGCCAUAUUCAGAUGCGAUGCUUUAAUCAUCAAAAUGGCGCGCCUACGGUUCCCAGGUCGGCCUGGGCAAAGAAUUGGAAAAAAUUAUGUGAAAUAUAUGUAUGACGAUAUGAAAACAAGUAUGGAAGUGGGUUUACAGCCACAUAACAAAAUUGAAGUAGGGUUAAAGCUGUUCUAUGAAUUGUUUGGAUACUCAGAUGAGGAGGAGGAUUUUGAAGGCUUUACUCUGGAAGAUCUUGCACAGGCUGAAGCUCUUGUUGCUGUUAAAUUAAAACAAAAACAAGCUAUUCAUCGGUAUUUAGAAUCUAGCCAAGAUUUAUCUUCUUCAGCUGCAUCAGAAAUUGAGAAGAUAUUUUCUUCAGAUUCUGAUACCUCUACUUCUUCAUCAGUUCGCCAAAGAAGAGGAAUGAGAGACAUUAUUCGUAGAUCUUAUGACAAAAUGUUGAAAGAUGGGCUUUGUAAAUCAAAUGUAAAUAGUGACAAUGUGUAUAGUGAGAAAAAGUGUAAGAAAGCUAAAUUAAAUAUUAAAGAAGAUUCUCAAGUUAUCUGUCCUACUGAACCUAUAUCAAAUUCGUUAGAAUCAGUUGCUGUAAGUAAUCAACCUGAAAACAAUAUUGCUAAUAAUAAUAGUAAGAAUGAACCUGUACAUUCUUGUGAAUCAAAAUAUCAGAGAAAACGAGCUAUUGUUAGACAUUUACUUGAAAAGGCUAAACAUCAAGUGAAAAGUCGACGGAGGCGUAGGCGAAGCUUACGCCCUAAUGUAAAAAAGAAAUUUCGGAAAUGUUUUAUGUAUUCAUCAACAAGAAAAUAUUCAAAAGUUCAAACAAAAUUAGCAUUAGACUCUGGAAAUGAGAGGGGCAAAAACAGCUUAAGGCAUAAAUCAUAUUCAAAAAAGAAACCGACUGUAAAUUUGAGAGAUGGAACAACUUGUGUAGGUAUUGAAAAUACUAAUGUUGCUCAUUCAGUCAAAACUGUAAAAAGGCCUCUUACUCCAAAAUCAAAACGCUCUUUAUAUGUAGGACGUAAACGUUUCAUUUUGCCUCCUAUGAGUGCUCGUUCAUCUAGAAAAAUUAUUCCUCGUAGACGAUAUAUGGAUGAAUGUGAUCAACCUAAUACAAAUGUUUUAGAUGAUGAAAGUCAGUUUUCUAGAUCUUCAUUAAGUGGGAGUUCUGAAACCAUUUCUGCAAUGGAUGGUGGUAGUAGCCCAGAUAAUACUCAAAUGGAAGAUAACAGACAUUCAAGAAGUUUGAAGAAAAAAGUAGGUCUUUUAGACAGACCUCUUGUGGUUGAAGGAAAACGACCUUGGAAGCCUAGUCUCAAAGUGCAAAUGAAACUGUCUGAGAUGAAUUAUGAAUAUCCUUUUGGAUUGAAGAAGAACAUUGAUGGCAGUUCGGGGACUGGAACGUCAUCUGGAUCUUUUAAGGAUAUAAUUAAGCCAGAUAUGGUAAGUAAGUAUGCUGAAAAGAUGGCUCAGAAAGCUAAAGAAAAGCCACCCAAAGUUGUAGAAAGUGUUAAGAGAAAUGUGUUACAUAAUGUUAAAAAUGAACCUGAUAAGGCAGAAAAUGACAGUUCAGAUGUUUUAGAGGAUGGGAAGAAACCUGAAGAUAAGUUAGAAAAAGUUGCAGCAAAAAUAGAAAAAUUGCUCAAAUCUCAGUGGGAAGGACGUCUGAAAGAUCCUUCUGAAAUGAAAGUCAAAAUGUCAUCCAAUUUUGAAUCUGCUGUAGCACAGUGGAAAAAUGAGCAACAACAACGUUCAAGUAGCCAAAGAAGAACUAAAAAUAUCCUUCGUAAAGCUCGUUUGCAGUUAAAAAAGAGAAGUUUAAAUCUGCGGACAAGGCAGUCAGAAAACGCUCCUGUGGUUGAUGGUGUACAUUUAGAGAGCAAAAAUGAGAAUAUUCAAACCUUUUCAGAGAAAGGACCGAGUAUUUUACCCAGCCUUCCUUCUGUGGAUCAAAUAGAUGUGCCUUCCAAAAGUGCAUUGUGUGCUUCAAGUGGCAGCGACUGUGCCUCUUCUGUUGGUUGUGCUGUAUGUGGUUUCGCAAAGCUUCAUUCUAAUGCUGAAAAACUUUAUGACCAGAUAGUGUGUGAACCUUGCAACAGAUUUUUUGAAAGCUUUGCUAAGAUGCCUAAACAGUAUUUUUGUACUAAAGAUGGAAACUGUAAUAUAGAUGGUUCAAAAGAAACUGUAGCUCGUAGAAUUUCUAGUGCGAGAUGUAAAGCAUGUUGGCUGAAAUCGUGUAUGGAAAAGCUAACCAUUUCGUCUUGUCUGAGGGAUCAACUGAUCAAAUAUGUUCCACGUCUAGAUAUGCCUCCACAUAACCCUCUGAUUAGAGAUAAUAUUGCAUUCCUUCAAGAACCUGUUGUUACAUUUACUGACUUGGCAAGAUCUGCAGAUGAUCGCAGUUCAGAUAUUAAAAUGGAAGAUGUUUUGCCAGAAUCAAGCUCAUUUCUGUCGGCUAGUUUUUCGAAACCAUGUUCUUUUAUAAAAUCUGAUGAUGAGAGCUCUAACUUUUGCAUGAGAAGUUCUGGAAUGGAUGUAAGUUCGUUUACUAAAGGCAGCAUAGAAAAGUCGAAACCUGAUAGACCAAUGCAUGUCAAUCCUAUGACAAGUGUCCACCUUUUUUCGAAAGAAAUACCCUCAGCUGUUCAUGAUAUUUCAAGAUCUUAUUUGGAAAUAUCCAGCGGUUAUAGUCAGGAAGAGUUUCCAAAGAGUGCUGAGAGACAUUUUGAUAAAGAUGCGUCUUCUGUACAAGAAAAUAUAUAUUCGCGUACUCAGUCAUCUCAGGGUGAUAUGCCAGAAACAUUUAGCCCUGCUAGUGGUUCCUCAUUAAUUGAAAAUACAGACGUAAUUGCUCCAGCUAGUGAAGAAGCAAAAUCCAGAGGACCUAGAAUUAAACAUGUAUGUAGAAGAGCUGCUAUUGUGCUUGGUUUACCUCGAGCAACAUUUUCUGAACCUAGUGAACCUAAAGAUUCUUUCAACUUAAGUGCUUUACCUGAAGAUGAGAAGCAGAAAAUACUUGAAACAGUGCCCCAGGAUGAUAAGCCAAAAACACCUGAGGCAAAAAUUGCUCCUACUGAGAAUAAAUCAAAUUCUUCAAACAAGGCCACCAAGCAAGGGAAGAAAAAAGUUCAUAAGGAUCUGAAAGUAAAAAAUUGUGCACAUUUAGGGAUAUUAAAAAAGUCAUCACUUUUAAUUCACAAGGAACAAAAAAGAAGAAAAUUACUUAUGAAAAAAUCACUGAAACAUUUGCACAAACAUUCUUUUAAGAAAUCUUUAAAACUUGGGAAGAAAAGUGAAUUGAAGAAAACUCUAAAAUUCUCUUAUAAAAGUGCUGUAAAAACUUCAAUGAAACGUUCACCAAAAGUUAUUUCUAAACGACCAGCUAAGACUGUGAAAUUUCGAAAAGUUCGUUGCAAGCAAUGCGAAGGUUGUCUUGCUGAAGACUGUGGAGAGUGUGCAUAUUGUUUGGACAAAAAGAAAUUUGGUGGACCUAAUCUGAUCAAACAAGCAUGCAUGUUUCGUCGAUGUUUACGGCCAGUUUUACCUGCAUCUGAAAGGAGAACUUCAAAAGUAUUACAAAAUGAAAAUGGUGAUAAAGGUAAGCCUUCAGGUGGUCACUCGAGCUUUGGAGGUGAUGGUCCUUCUGGCAUUGGCACUUCUUUAACUUCAUCCUCUAGCUCUCCAUCAAGUCCUGAUGGGAGCAGCUGCGGUUCAAGUUGUAGUUCAUCUUCCAGUAGCUCCAGCUCAGGCAGUUCUGGUAGCAGUAGCAGCAGUAGUUCUAGCGGCAGUAGCAGCAGUUCAAGUUCAAGCAGUAGCAGUGAUAAUAUAAGUGUGCCUCAUGAUAAUGCUUUAACAGACAGCUGUGCAAAUGCAUCUCUUAUGCAGAGUAUUGUCUCUGAGCCAGUCAUUUUACAAGAAUCUGAGUGCACAGAUGAUAAUGUUGUAACUAAUCCUAUUUUUGAAGAAUCUAUUUAUAAUGGUGAUAAUUUUAUUGUGGAUACUAGUUUGCAAGACUUGGUAUGUGAUAGUUUAUCAUCUGAUAUUGCACAGGAAAGAAUUUUUAUGGAUGGCAGUGUAGAAAUGGAUAGCACUCUGUAUUCAGAAACUGGUGACACCAUUUUGUAUGAGGAUUCGUCAAGUAUUAUUGAGCUAAAAAAUGCUAGUUUUGCUCCAUCCUUAAUGUAUGGUGCAGCACUGGAAGGAAAUGAAGAUACUGUCUCUUAUUCUGGUGGAUCCAAGAAUCAAAACUCUAGGCAAAGUAGUAGCGGCUAUAAGAAAAUUCAGUAUAAUCAAGAUCAGGAUGCAUAUGGAUCGGCAGGUUCAGGUGGUCAAGACAGUAAUGGUGAUGAUGAUGAGGAUGAUGAUGAUGAUUGUAAAAAGAAAAAGCAUUACAUAUAUGCUGAUUAUUGGGAGGAUUAUGAUUUUGAAUCUCCUCUCAAGGUUGCCCUCAUUUCAUCUCAACAUAUACCACUACCAUGUGUUUGUUAUUUGUGCGGUAGUGCUGGUGAAGAAAAGUUAAUAUUUUGUGUCCUUUGCUGCGAACCAUAUCAUACGUUUUGUUUGUCUGAAGAUGAUGUACCGCAAGAAGACAACCUUGAAAACUGGUGUUGUAGAAGAUGUCAAUGUUGUGCAGUUUGUGGUUCAAAAAACAAUUUGCUAAAAUGUAAGAAGUGCCAGAAUACCUACCAUUCAGAAUGUUUAACUCCACAUUAUCCAACAAAACCAUCAAGAAAGAAACGAAUUUGGAUGUGCCCUAAAUGUGUGAAAUGUAAAAGCUGUGGUACAACAUCUCCAGCAUCUGGUGCUGGUCUGUUAUGGAAUUUUGAUUUACUUCUAUGUCAAUCCUGUGCAAAGUUAACUGAUAAAGGUAAUUACUGCCCAGUGUGUCAUAAAUGUUAUGAAGAAAAUGAUUAUGACUCAGAAAUGGUGCAGUGUUAUAAAUGUAGCAGAUGGGUUCAUGCAAAAUGUGACAGCAUAACUGAUGAAGCAUAUGAAAUUCUGUCUUGCCUUCCUGAAACAGUAGUUUACACCUGUAUAAUAUGUAAUGAAGAACCAGUUCCUCUGUGGAGGAAAGCUGUCAAAGAGUACCUUAAAUGUGGUUUGAGAAGCAUACUGAAUUCAUUAAUGGCUUCAAGAUGUGCUCGCCAUCUCAUCAAACAUGAUUUAUCUAAAAAGCCAUUCAAGAUACCUAAUUAUAUGCCUAGUUCAUCUGUUCUUCACGAAAAGCAUCAUUUUCUUGAGAACAAAUCUGAUUAUGAACUUAACAUUAAAAAUCCUCAUAAAACAUAUAGGACUUGUGAAAUCACAUCUUCUAGAACUCAAGAAGGAAAUUCAUUUGAUGUGUCUUCUAAAUGCCCUGACAAUGAUGUUAAAGAAACAAUUGCAGAUUUAUUAACAAAUUUUGAAUCUAUCUCAUUAGAUGUUGAAAAGGAUGUAUCAGCUUGUGUAAAAAACAUGGUUACAAAUUGUGUUGAAAGUGUGUGCAUGCUUGAAAAAGAUUGUAGAUUAGAACCAAUGGAAAAAAGUGAAGAUAGUUCUUGUGAUAAAAAUUCAUCUGCAGUAAAUCGCCAAUAUCUUGAAACCAGUGUAAACAGUGAUGUGCAUCAAAAUUCCAUUAAGAAUGUGAGUGAAAGAAAUCUUGAAUCCUCAUCAUGUUCUAUAUAUGUUACUUCAGACAAAAUAAAGAAAGAGAAGCAAAAUUCAGUAGAUUUAAUCACAAUCAGAUCGAAAUUAGAAAAAGGAAAAUACAAAACUAUUUCUUCAUUUUUUGAUGAAGUCAUUGAUGCUAUUGAAGCAGGCAAUGAUGCUGAGAAAAAGCAUUAUACUAAUGAAGCUAAAGUAGUUUUUAUCAAACAAAUAGAAAAAGCUUUCCCUUGGUUCAAAAUUCCUGCAUCAAAAAUUUGGAAUGGUAAAAAUGAUUUUCCAGAGGGAAUGCUGCCUAAUGCUGUUGUGCCUCCAUACAAUGAUCAUACAUAUUCUCAGUAUCUGAAACGAAUUACUGCUCUUCCAGCUACAAGCUGUGAAGAAAAAAGACCACUCCUUGAUUCUCGUACGUGUGUUUUAUGUGGUUAUUGUGGAGACAGCAAACCAAAGAAGUGUGGUCGCUUAUUAUACUGUGGACAGGAUGAUUGGAUACAUGUGAACUGUGCUUUGUGGUCUGCUGAAGUAUUUCAACAGCAGGAUGGCUCUUUACGUAAUGUUUAUCCAGCAAUAUCUAGAGGCAGAUUAAUGCACUGUGAAUUUUGCAACCAACUUGGAGCUACUGUUGGAUGUUGUGUUAGAGGUUGUCCAGCUAACUACCAUUUCUAUUGUGCUAGAAAGGACGAAGCUGUGUUACAGGAAGACAGAAAAGUAUUCUGUGCACUGCACAAAGAUUAUGUUGAUGAAAGGAUAGUAAAUGAGGAUGAUUUUCCAAUCAAGGAGAAGAUCUUUAUUAAUCAAAAUACUAUUGCUCCAAAAUGGGUAAAAAAGAAUUGGGAAACACCAAUGGACAUGGAUACUUUACACAUUGUCAUCGGGUCUUUAACUGUAAACAAAUUAGGACGUCUCAUCCCUUUAUCUAAUAAGCAGAGUAUUUUGAUUCCAGUGGAUUAUGAAUGUACUAGGAUAUUCUGGAGUACUAAAAAUCCACGUAUUCGGGUGAAAUACACAUGUCGCAUCACAGAAGUCUGGCCAGAAAAAAUUAACUCUGAAAUUCAUGGGAAUCUCAAUACUACUAUUAUCCACAGUGCACCUGAAAAUUUAUCAGAGGAAAAACAAAUAUUUUCUGAAUUGCCUUCUGAUACUGGUAUUGAGGAAAGUUUAACUAAAGUACAUAAGCAGCAUAAAGAAUUAGAAAAAAAUAAUAAUAUAAUGGAUGAUGUAAAAAGUGUACUUUACUAUAUUAUUAAAAAAGUGACAAAAAGACAAAGAAAAAAUAAAAAACUUCUAAAUUGCAGUGCUAAAAAUGACAUAAAAAAGCAGCUAGAUAAUAAAGAGUAUUUUAACUUAUUUCCCGAAACUUCCAUGCAUAAAAAUGAGACAAAGUCUGUAUGGUUAAAUGGUUUUAAUUUGAAAGAAAAUACUGACUUUUCAUCAGAAGAAAAGUGCCAUAGUAAUGUAGGAAUAAAUCAGAACAUUGAGUGUGGUAAUGAUUCGAUGAUAUUUGAUCAGAAGCUCUAUGAAUUAGAUAGUAAAUGUAGAGAUGAAAAAAUUGAGAGUGAUAAUGUUAAAUUUAAAAAUAUGUAUAAUUUGUGUAAAAAUGAUUUUUUGGAUAAAUAUAAAAGUAAUUUCAAAUUUAAUUCAUUAAAUAUGACAUCUGAUAGUAAAAAGCAAUUAGUUUCUAAAGGUACUGAUUCAGAAAUAUUUAAACAUUGUUUUAAAAGGAAUGAAAUAGAUAAAUUAGAAAAGGAGCUUAAGGCAAAUCAGCAGGUUGGAGAUCCUAAUAGACUUCUGAAUUUAAUUGCUCACAAAGAAGUUGCAAAAGGUGUGUGGGAGAAGGAAGCUCACCAUUAUGAAGAAAUGGAGUUCAUGCCUCCUAAAAUCAUGUCAUUAUUAGAUACAGUUAUACCACCUUGUUCUAUCAGUGAAACUGUUUUGCCUGUGUAUGGUGUUGAAGUUAAAGAAACAUCAGGUGUAACUGAGAGUUCAGGUUACAGUUCAAAUGAUGAUUCAUAUUUAAGGCAUUCAAGAAUGCCUUCAUUAAUGCAAGACACUUUUAACAAAGCUAAUAAGGCUGUUGGUAAUGUUUCUGCAAAACAGAGUUCUGUGUUAAAAAAUCUGGAAGAUUGUGAAAAACCAUACUUAUCUACCUGGAAAAAAGAUACAAAAUUCAAUGGGCAAAAAGAUAUUUGCAACGAAUUUCAUACCGAAGCUGUUAAAAAUUCCCUCAAAUCUAAUGAUAGUGAAAGGGAAGUUGCUGCCUAUGGUAACCCAAAAUUGGAAAAUUCAUGUUCAGGAUAUCAGAAUAUAAAUGGUGUUUCACAAAUGAUGGGUCCAUUUAAAUGCAACAAAUGUAGAAGGUUAUAUCGCACUAGAGAAAGUUUUAAGAAACAUUCUGAUACUUGCAAUUUUGUUAUUGAUUCUUCUGAUUCAGAGAGUAGUACUUCAUCAGAAGAGGAGUUUGAAAAUAGUGCCAGUAGAAAAUUUUCAAGUGGUGCUCAUGAAACUAGCAAAUAUCCAAAUAUGCCUCCAAAUGAAUGUUCUGAUGACACUUCUAAAGAAGAUCGAAAUUGUAUCACCGAUUCUUUGCUUCAGUUUACCUCUUCUGCAGAAACUUUAAAUAAAGUUUCUCAGCAGUCUCACAAAGGUCCAGGCUUAGAAAACUUGAGUGAACAGACUUUAAUGAUACCUCAGUCUACAAUUUUGACAAAUCAAGGAAGUAUAGUUCCUUCAUCUAGCCACUAUCCUUCAACUUCACUAAAAGCUAAUUCUAAUGCUCAUUUUAAUAACAAUGUGUCUGUCUUACCAAACAUGCCCAUCUAUGAGAAUACAUUAAAACAUAAAUCUGUCAUUCCUCCUACUGUGGAAAUUAGCCCAAAGCCACACAUUGAGAAUGACAGAGUAACUCUUCCAGUGCAACAAUUUUUCAAUUCUUCAGAAAAAAUUACUCCUAAUGUUCCAGUGAAUUUAAAUAAUAUACCGUUGGCUGCAGAAAAUGUGUCUAGUGCUUUUAAUGUAGCUUAUGGUAAUGCACUGUGUAAUAAUUCUACAGGCAAUAUAAUGCAAUUACCUUGUAAUACAUUAAUAAUUCCACCAGCUCCCGAUCCAUUACCUCAGCCUGGCCCUAUGAUCAAUCAUAUACCUAUACCUCAAAAUUUUUUAUCCGCUAUUGAUGUUACAAAUAAUGCCCAUCUAUCAUACGUUGGAUCUAUAACUAUUACAAACAAUGAGACUAUGUCAUUAGCAGUCAAUGUGCCAGAGCAAAUUGUUCCUGUUUUCCCUAACCAGAAUAUAAAUUUUGGCCAGCCAACUGUAAUACAAAGUCCUAUACAAAUGCAACCAGCUACUGGCAUUCAUCUCUCAACUGUAAAUGUGCAACAAAUUUCUGUUCAAAGUUCAUUUCCUGGAAGUCCAUUUAUGUUUCCUCAACAAGCAAUGAAUAUUCAACAGAAUCAGAUGAUGUUUGUGGAAGAAGCUUUCAUGCAGCCAAUUUCUACUGCACAACCUGCACCAAAUUAUAUAGUUCAAGUUCCAGUAGGACAGCCUCAGCCUUUUACGUCUUAUGUACCAGCACAUCAGUUACAGCAGCCAUAUAUGAAUCAGUUUGCUUUUGAUUCCACUGUACAAACUGCUCCACAUCAAACCUGUGUUCCAAUUGAAAAUCCAUCACAGAUUCAAGUAGAAAACCAUUUACAGCCCUUGAAUAUAAUAAAAACACAAACUGAAUCCAAUUCAUUACUAAAUUCAGAGAAUAAAUCAUGUACCCAGUUACUGGAAAAUAUGCCGCCAGAACAAGCUCAAACAUUACUGAAUGCAAAGUCAAAUAAGCCUAAUACAACACCUAUCAGUUCUUGUCGCUCAACUCCUACUUUAAGUGACAGAUCUUCACCUGUUUCAGAUCACUCUUCUUGCAGUAAAAGUAGUAUAGCAUCCAUCUCCGUUCCACACAACACCAAUAUUGUUGACAUCCUGAAAAAAGCUGCAGAGCAAAUGCUUAAUAUAUCUGCCGAAAUGGCCAAAAGGAAAGCUCGUGCUACUGAAGAUAACACAUCUGAUGGUGCACCUGAAAAGAAAACUCGCUUUGCCCACACUCGUAAAGUAGCAGCUAAGAAAGCAGAAAAAUGGAAAAAGAAGAAUGCUGUAUUAAAUGGUAAAACAUCUAAACCAAAAAGUGUCCAUCUUAAUAUUGCAACUCUGAAACCAGCAUUUGCUAUACCACUUGUGCCUGUAGUUUACAACAAGGAUACUUCAAAUUCUGGAGCUGAUGACGAAGGCAAAGCUCAAAUCUUGCCAUCAACAGAUGAUGAAGCAUUCAAUGCUAUUUCCCAAAACACAAAUGAUGUAGUAGACUCAGAUAUAUAUUCUUAUAAUGAAGGAUCAGAUGAAGAAGAUUCUGUUCUGUUUAAAAUUCAUAUGAGGGAAUUAGAGAAAGAACAAAAUGCAAAUGAAUUUCCUGAAGACAAGCCAUAUCUGUUAUAUGAAAUAAGUAGUGAAGAUGGAUUCACUGUCAAGUCUAGUGAUCUUCGAGAAGCUUGGAAGAAAGUUUAUGAGGAAAUACAGGAUGCUCGAAUAGCAUCUCAUAUGAAGCAGAUAACUGUUGCUCCUGAAGAUAUAAAUGGAUUUCAUAUGAUGGGGCUGGACAAUUCUGCGCUGAUGUAUCUUCUGGAACAAUUGCCUGGUGCUAAAUAUUGCACUGACUAUGAUUUCUUGUUUCAUAGGCCAGCAAAAGAAGUUGAGGAGAUACCUCUAAAUGCUAGUGGCUGUGCCCGAAGUGAACCUUUUACCACUCGUCGGGAAUAUGACAUGUUUAACUUCUUGGCUUCAGAACAUCGAAACAGACCUUUGUUUUUGCCUCCUGAUGAAGAGGAGGAAGGCGCACAAAAGUCAACCCGAAGAGCAACUACUAUGGAUUUACCUAUAGCAAUGCGUUUUAGGAAUCUUAAAACAGUUGCUAGGGAAACAGUAGGUGUUUAUCGGUCUAGUAUCCAUGGCCGUGGUCUCUUUUGUAAAAGAAAUAUUGAUCCUGGAGAAUUGGUUAUUGAAUAUGCUGGUGAAGUUAUACGAUCAGUUUUAACAGACAAGAGAGAGCGUAUCUACCAAAGCAAGGGGAUUGGCUGUUAUAUGUUUAGAAUUGAUGAUGAUGAAGUUGUAGAUGCAACUAUGCAUGGUAAUGCUGCACGCUUUAUCAAUCAUUCUUGUGAGAGUUCACCAGUUAUGGUGGGUUUGUGCUUAGAAAGAGUUCUUUUCAAGAGACCAAAGGCACAUAGGUGAAACAUCAUCCGUGGUGAAAUUUCAAGGGACUUUGCAGGAAUGC